ACACAUCUUGUUUCUGCAGUCAGGGAUCCCACAGGCCCUGCUUAUAAUGUCACAGCCGGGUAGCCCUUAUCCCGGUCAUCUCCAGGACAGCGGACCGGCUUCCCCCGGGGCAGAAAGCUCUGAUCCGGCACCACAUACCGAGGUAUCUACCCCAGUGUCUUCUGCUGCCACUGGGCAGAGGAGUAACUUCCGGAGAACGCCACUCGGAAUCCGAAGACAUUUUAAUAAAGGAUUUAAAUCGCCUCGGGUCGAGUCUCCGCGCUGCAGCCGGUCACCAAGUGUCUCAGAAGAGAGCCUGCAAAGAGAGAUUUCACAUCUCCGGCAGAAGGAAGUCAUUCUGGAUCAGGAGAUCGCCCAGCUGGAGGCUGAAGGUUACAGAAUGUCUGAACUGGAACAACACAUUUCACUUCUUCACCAGUACAACGACCUGAAAGAUACUGGGCAGAUGCUGCUGGGCAGGCUCGCUGUUCUCAGAGGUGUCACCACGAAAGACCUCUAUGCAGAGUUUGGGAUGGAUUUAGAGGACUGAGAAACUGAAUGAGUCCCCCAGAUGGUCCCCUUCGUAAUCUACCCCAUUAACAGGCUUUGGGGAGCGAGAUACACGUCACACCUGUUGUGUUUUGUGUUAGGAAGCGGUAGCAGCUGUUUCUCGGUUCUGAAUACCCCAUUGCAGGGGUAGGAGGCGUAUGCCAUUUAAAGCGGGGAGCUGUAAAUUACAGUUUGAUAUCUGCUCAUUGUAAAGUUACGUUCUGUUGGAAAAAGUGCUUAUUUAUUGCGAAACUAAUGUUAAAUAAAAAUAUUUUCUUAAAUUA